ACAGAGAUUGUCAGUCAGCUGGCGCUCGAGGGAAAUAACAGUUGCUUGUUUUUAGCUGUCGGGGGAUUUUUGGACCAGACAGAUUUCGUCGGGUUUAUGAUACUUUUAAUUCGCCAUUGCAAAGCAUCCGAUACAUUAUUUUACAGAGAGGAAAGCGAGAAUGUAACAGUGUUGUUAUCGCACACCCUUUUUAACGAUAUGUGACGGUGGAUGUUGCUCCAUCCAUCCAGUCACCACGGGUCUCUCUCCGUCUGUUUUCUGGGUGACUGUCAGCUCCUAUCGCCUAUUCCAAGACAAGCCUGGUGCCCUAUUGUGUUGUCCGGAGUAGCGUGUUGUCGAUGACUAAGCUGACGGGGCUCCGUGCCUGUGGCCGCCGGGCGGGCCGAUGCUAGGAGCGUGGAAGACGUAGCGGUGUGGGUCGGUGAGGAGAUGUCAGAGCGGGAAUGCCUCGUCUUGGAGACAGUGCUGUAGUCGAGGGCAUACACGAGUGUACACAGUAUACCUACCUCUCUGACUUGGCAUAUAGACUAGCGGACCAACUUUUCAGCCUAACUAGUAGCGACACGUAUAUGGAUGGUGGGGUCGCAGUAUGCCCACCCCCUCAACUACCACUACACCACUGGCUGGAGGGAGUAGCAGUACCGGAGGAGAAGAGGGGCCCAUGUCUGCCCCCUCCACCGCUUCUAUCGGCUCCUCUUUCCGGUUCGUCCCGGCUUUCUGCCUGGGCGUGGUGGCAGCAGUAGUGUUUCAGCUGGCCUGGGGAGGCCUGACUCUCACCUCUUUCUUCUUGAAGUUGUUCAUCUAUGUGUCAUUCGCGCUACUGUGUUUCCUGGCUGGGAGCUUUGUUCUGCUAGUCAUGAAGAGUCCUCUCAAAGUCAGCUGCUUUCACAGAAACAGGAGGCAGUCAGCUGUCCGGCUGGAGUUCUUCAACAAGCUCAUGGCCCGUUUUUUGGUGCCAGUCCAGGAGUCAAGCCAGAGCAAGAGGGUGGUGGUGUCGCACAAUGUGGACAAAGCUCUGAAGGAAGUGUUUGACUAUGCCUACAGAGACUACAUCCUAUCCUGGUACAUCCCUCUGAGUCGUGAUGAGGGUCAGUUGUACUCCAUGCUGUCAGAGGACUGGUGGCAGAUGAUUGGGCAAUUGAGAUUCAGGCUUGCUGACAUUGACCUUGUCAACGUGGUGUGUUAUGACACCAUCCGAAUCCUACACACACACUUCACUGACCUCAAGGCUGCAUCUGCAAGACCGGAGGAGUGUGCUCGGCCCUUUCCUCUCCAUCCCUGUUUGGUCAGUCCAGACUCAGAGCUGGCCUUCCUCCGCUGUGUAGCCAGAAUACUGCUGCUAUGUCUGCUGCCACAAAAGGAUGCCAAGUCACAUACACUACGCUGCUGCCUCACAGAAGUCAUUACUACUAAAGUGUUGAAGCCUUUGGUAGAAGUGCUGAGCGAUCCAGACUCCAUAAACAGGAUGCUGUUGUCUCAGCUGGAGCAGAGGGAGCAGCAGGCUGAGCAGCAGAAGAAAGCCUACACCUACGCUGCCUCCUAUGAAGACUUCAUUAAACUCAUAUCAACUUCUGCUGAUGUCAAUUUCCUCAAACAACUCAGGUAUCAGAUAGUGGUAGAGAUUAUUCAUGCCACCACCAUCAGCAGCUUGCCUCAGCUCAAGAAGCAGAAAGAGCGAAAAGGUAAAGAGUCUGCAGCCAUGAAGGCAGACCUGCUCAGGGCCAGAGAUAUGAAACGAUAUAUCAAUCAACUGACUGUUGCUAAGAAACAAUGUGAGAAACGGAUCCGCUUACUCGGUGGACCAAACUAUGAAAACAAUGAGGAAGGAGGGGCCGACGACAGCGAUGAGCCUCAAAGUCAGAAGAUUCUCCAGUUUGAUGACAUCAUGUGUAAUCCAGGUUACAGGGAGCAUUUCAGAGUUUACAUGGAGAGAGUCGAUAAGAGAGCUUUGAUAAGCUUCUGGGAACUGGUGGAAACACUGAAAACUGCCAACAAGAAUGAGGUGCCCCAAAUCGUAGGGGAAAUCUACCAGAAGUUCUUUGUGGAGAGCAGGGAGAUUCCGGUGGAAAAGUUUCUCCUUAAGGAGAUCCAACAGAGUCUGGUGGGGAACAGAGGAACACAAGUCUUUGUUAGACUACAGGAACAGGUGGCUGAGACGAUGAGAGAGCGUUACUACCCCUCCUUCCUGGUUUCUGACCUCUACGAUAGGCUGAUCAGACGAGACGAGCACCAUAGCCAAUCACAAUGUAGCACGGAGGAAAAGGAGGAAGGGUGUCAGGGUCUAGACGCAGGAGAGGAGGUGUGUGAUGAAGGCACUAAAGGAAUCAAUGAGCAGGCCAGCUAUGCUGCUACGAAACUCCGCCAACUCUACGACAAACUGGAGUACAAGCGACAGGCCCUGGGCUCUAUCCAGAAUGCACCCAAACCAGACAAAAAGAUAGUGAGCAAACUAAAGGAAGAGAUAGGAGCCAUGGAGAGAGAACAUGGUGAGCUCCAGCAACAUAUCACCAGGACUGACUGGUGGUGUGAAAACCUGGGCCACUGGAGGGCUACUAUUACUACUGCUGAGGCUACAGAGGAAGGUGGCGAGACAGUAGCUUGUUACAGUGUGUGUGUUAGCCUGGCAGAAGGAGAGGAGACAGCCAUCAGUCGCUGGAGCGUCCAGAGGAAACUCACUGAAUUCCAGAUGUUGCACCGCAAACUCACUGAGUGUUUUCCAUCAUUGAAGAAACUCCAGUUACCGUCACUCAGUAAACUGCCCUUCAAAUCCAUCGACCAGAAAUUCUUAGACAAGAGCAAAACACAGCUCAAUGCCUUCCUCCAGCGUCUGCUGACAGAUGAGCGACUGUGCCAGUCAGAGGCUCUCUAUGCGUUCCUCAGCCCGUCCCCAGAGCACCUCAAGGUGAUGUCAGUCCAGAAGAAAUCAUCUUUCUCUCUGGCCUCCUUCCUGGAGAGGCUACCUGGAGAUUUCUUCUCCCAUACUGAGGAGGAGGCUGACGAUGACAGUGACUUGUCAGACUACGGUGAUGAGGCAGACGGGAGGAGAGACGCCCUGGCCGAACCCUGCUUCAUGCUCAUAGGAGAGAUCUUUGAGCUCAGAGGAAUGUUUAAGUGGGUGAGGAAGACUCUAAUUGCACUAGUCCAGGUGACAUUUGGACGAACUAUCAACAAACAGAUCCGGGACACCGUAAACUGGAUCUUCUGUGAACAGAUGUUGGUGUGUUACAUCAGUGUGUUCAGGGACACCUUCUGGCCCAACGGGAAAUUGGCACCACAUGUCAAGGUCCGAACGGACACUGAACGCAGUGAAACUAAGGAACGGGCUCAACAGAAACUACUUGACAAUAUCCCAGAUGCACUAGCGAAUCUAGUUGGCCAGCAGAAUGCCCGCUAUGGAAUCAUCAAGAUCUUCAAUGCCCUGCAGGAGGCUAGUGCCAACAAACAUCUUCUCUAUGUACUGAUGGAAAUGUUACUCAAGGAAGUAUGCCCUGAACUCAGCGCGGAAGUGGACAACAUCUGAACACACACACACACACACACACACACACACAUAUCACUUAACACACACGGAGUCUUUGGAUCUUUUAGGCCUCUCUGUAGCUGACCAAUCAUAAACUGCCAAGCUGGACAGGGAGACGGCCUUUUGGUGAAACCUCAGACAGAAAGCAGCUGUGUUGGUCAGAACGGAGACACGUGCUGAUUCUGCUGGUAGAACUCUGCUGUGAAAUGAUGAAAAGCCGGGCUGACACCAGACUGGAAGGCGCUGAUGGUUGACGUUGUUGUGGUACAGAUCUGAACUUGUCUGUCUGAACAGGGAGAAACCACAGUCUGACUUCUUCCUAUUUAGGCAGCAGUCUAAACAGAUCACAUUUGUACCUAAAAGUCCACAUUCACACAAGAACAAAUUGUAUUUUUGACAUUAUGUGACCCACUUCUACUGUUACUUUUCUUAUUUCAAUGGCACAGAAACGUCAGAUCCGUGCCACAACAAAUUGAGAUUAAAUAUUUUGUUCCCGUGUAAAUCAUGGCGGUCUAUACAAGCAGAGUAACAGUUUGUGAAAGUGAACAGCUUGAUUGUUUGGUCAUCAAUUUGUAGAGCUGAUCAUCUAAAGACCUCAAUUGCAAAUGCAGCAAAGACGGGUGAAGUUCAGAUUUUCUGUUGCCCUCUAAAGGCAACCAGUGUGAACAUUCCUCCUACACACAACCUGAGCAACAACACUUGUGUUCUGUGAUUCUUGUUAAGGCUUAUCAUUGUGCAAUAUAAUGUUAUGUAAAAGUCAUUGUGAUGAUUUUAUUUAUGAUUGUUAUUGAUAGAUUUUAUUUUUACCAAAAAAAAUGUUUAGAGCAUUUAUAUAAGCAAUAAAUUGCAAACAAAAGGUG